AAGACUCGUGGUGUUGGAGUUAGCUUGCAGUUCAGUCGUCGUUGUAAACGUUAUUUAAGGUUAAUCAUGCUUCUACGGAUCAUCCUUAGCCCGGAUGACAUCAGAAGGAUUAGAGUUGAUAGCAUGCCAGAGACUGUUGGCGACCUGCUAUUAAUCCUGAAAACCAAACUUGGUCUAGACGGAGACAUUGUGGUUCAAUUUCAGGAUCCUGACUUUGAUAAUGAACUUUGUAAUUUAAGCAGCAUAUCGGAACUUCCUAAAGAUAAAGCAACUUUAAAAGUCAACAGGAAGCCUUUUGAAUCAUAUCACGGAGAUGUGACCUUAGACACAGCAAAUCUGACAUCAUCAUCCCAAGGGAAGAGCCCCAAUGGCAGCCAUACACGUCAGCUCCCUCAGCCUUUUGUCAUUCCUACUUUUUCUUCCAAUGUUGAAUUAAAAUUAAAGCAAGGAAAUGAAGCUUAUCACAGAGAUGAAACUCUUCUUGAUAUAUCAAAAGAUAUGAAGUCAGAUAUUCUUGAUAAUUUAGCUGAAGUCAUAUACAUGCACAAUCCUUACCCAACACGAGAAGAGUAUGAACGUGUGGCACAAUCUCUUAUCAAAAAGCAUCCUUGUCUGAGGGAACCAGGAUCUGUCAAUGGGUGGUACGGUUGGAAAUUCAGUCUCAAGUUCAAAAUGAGCAACUUCAGACAGAAGCUACGGGUGGCUGGGUGCCCUGAGGUCAAAGUUAACUCUCGUAAGUUUGGAUCAACCAAUUUAAAAAAAAUCAAGAGAGCCAAAAAAUCUGAAGUGCAUUUCCUUCCAGAUUUUCCUGAAGGGAAAUCUCAAAGUUGUCUUGAUGAGGAAAGAUCAGCCAUGGUCAAUGAGAUGAAAAAGGGAAAAGUUGACUGGAAAAAAGUUAAUGAAAUGAUGAAAAACACGUUCUCUUUACGAAGAAAAGAGAUAGUUGAAGACGAACCGUUAGUGGCAGAUUUCAAAGAAAGAUGGCCAGCAUUGUUCUGUGAACGGCAGAUUGAAGAAGAGUUUACACGGCUUACCUCUGUCGACCUGAAACGUUCACUCCUUGAUGGACUUGAACAGUAUCUGCCAAGGUUCCUUGAUCUGUACAGAGCCAAGAGUGGCAUAAUGGGAUUGACCAGGCAGAUAAGGUUGCUAGAUGAUAAUAGUUCCACAGAAAUGAAGUACACUGUUCUUCUGAUGGGCCUCCCUCAUUUUCUAAGAGAGGAUCCCUCACCUUUUUUCAAGACUGUGGAGUCAGCCAAACCUGAAGAAGAAAUUGCAAAGGGAAUGAAAAUUGGCAUUAUAACAGUAAAAGAUGGAGCAGAUGACCUUGAUUCAGCAAUUGUUCUUGAAGAACAGAUCAUACUGCACAAUAUCAAGGAUUUUCCAAAUGCUACUGCUAUGCUGAUGGGUCUUCUGUUUGUGCUUAAUAUUGAUUACCCUAAGGAACUUCAUUACACGUUUGAAGUUAUCCAGAAGGUCCUAAUGAAUAUUGGAGGAGGACAGUGCUCUUCACUCGUUCAUGGACUACGAAAUAAACUCUUUCGAAAAACGAUGUAAGCUUGAACUCUGAUAGAGAUUUUGGUGUCUAACAAACUGGCAAAAUUCAGUGUUUACACAUGUUCUUUUCAUUUUUUAUGACACUUUACUUUGCACUUGACAGUUAUGGUUUCCAAUUCAGGUUGUUUAUGGCAAGCCAAAUUAACAUGUAGAAGAGAUCUCAAAAUGAACUUCUUAUAUCUUAAAAUGCAAUUUACUUGAAUAUCUGAAAUUCGUUUUGAGAUAUCUUUAAAAUAAGUUCAUUAACAUUUAAGAUAUCUGCAAUACAUUUUGAGAUCUCUCAAAUGCAUUUCAGGAUAUUUCAGAUUCAUUUUCAGAUACUCAAAAUUGACCUUGCAUGCAUUUCAAGAUCUCUCAAAAAUCACUUUCUGUAAAAUUGCCUAUUCUUCCAAUGGGG